UGGUACGGGGUAACCCCGAAAAAUGUUUUUUCACUACUACGCUUGUCCAAACUUAAACUCAAUCGGUUUAUGCUCAAUUGUCUGUGUAAAUAAAUAUUAACUUUUUAUCAUUUCGCCUCCCUCUAUAGCCAAGGUCUGGAGGCACCCCUGUAUGUAAUUGUAAUUAAUUGAUUCUUUUAAGUUAUAAYAUGUACAAUUUGUUAAAUUUAUUAAAUAGAUGUUCAAAUACGGCCCUAGUACAACUAUGGCCCAUACUCCAUAGACAUUUUAUAUUUGGGUAAGAUUUCUUUUGUAAACAGUGCAAUAAUAUUGUGGACUUUGUAGUUACUAAUUUCGCAUGUCCAAUAACCACUGACUGUUGAAAUGUUGAAUGCUGAAAUGAUUAUCAUUGUAAUCUUCGUAUUAUCAUUAACAGUUUUUAAUAACAGAAUAUAUGCUAUAUAGUAUAUACCUAGUAAUUAUUAUCAUUAUUAUAUUAUGCCGUAUUAUUGGUGUUGUUGAGCGGGAAGGGGAACGCCGACUAGCGUCAUCGCCGUCAAGCACACGGCGGUACGGCACAAUCGGCAGUUCGGCACAUCGCACACGCGCAGUACUCACUAGUUCACUACUUAACAAUAACUUGUCGUUUUUCAAUAUCAUUUUUUUAAAAUUUUUCAACGUGCCACUUUCCGGCGAGCCUAUUUUGAUUCCGACCGGGCUCCUUUGAAGUCUGGGAUCGACACUGGCGGUGAUUCUGUGGUUGUCGUUUUUAAAACUCACCGGUGUCAACCUCACCUACUUACAUUAUUCGAGCAUUGGACUAAGUUGCAAAAAUGGAAGAUAAAAUACUUGACCGGGAAACCACUGCUGAACACAAUCCAGCCAAUGAACAAAUCACUAAUAUAAAAUCUAAGCGCAAAUAUGAUAUAAUCGUUUUUGGUGCUUCAGGAUUCACUGGGCAAUUUGUUGUUAUGGAAAUGGGUCGCUUUUCUCAACUAUACAAUCUAACUUGGGCUAUUGCUGGACGUAAUGCUGACAAAUUACAAAACAUAUUGGAUAAAUUGUAUAAUACUAUUGAUGGUUAUGAAGAUAAAAAAAUUGAUAUUAUUAAUGCUGAUGUACAAGAUAUUAAAACUGUUAUGAGAAUGGCUCAAUCAACUUCUGUAGUUAUAAAUUGUACUGGACCAUACUAUAUAUAUGGAGAAGUUGUAGUAAAAUCUUGUGUUUUGACAUCUACUCAUUAUGUAGAUGUAACUGGUGAAUCAUUAUUUAUGGAGAAAAUGGCAUAUAUGUAUAAUAGUCAAGCUGAAAAAAAUAAUUCAAUAAUUGUUAGUGCACUUGGUAUGGAAAGUGUACCUGCGGAUCUUGGCGUAGAAUUUUUAUACAAAAAUUUUAGUGGUGAAUUGGAGACUGUUGACAUGUACAUGAAACUUUAUAGCAGUUCAUAUAUAUUAACUAACAGUGCAUUCAUACAUGACGGUACUUGGAUUAGUGCUAUAUUGCAUUUGGCUACCAAAAAACAACGCAUAUACUAUCGAAAUCUGUUAGAUGAGUUGAUGGGAAUAACUAGAGUAAAACCAAAUGUUUCCAAGAUAUUACAUAGACAACAAAUCAGCAUGCAAGGUGACACUAAAGAAUGGUGUUUGGCUUUUCCAGAACCAGAUCAAGCUGUUGUUGCUAGAUCAAUUCAUCAUGCUAAAACUAUAGAAAAAUUACCUUAUAAUUUCACUGUUCGAAACUAUAUGGUUUUUGGUAGUUUGAUAUCAGCCAUUAUUGGUUUGUUCAUAUUUUUACUUCUGUCGAUCAUGGCUUCAUUUGAACCUAUCAGAAUUCUCCUUGUCCGGUUUCCAAAAUUGUUUUCGUUUGGGGUUGCAACAAAAACUGGUCCAAAUGAAAAAAUAUUAGAUAAUUCACGCAUGUCAUUAACUUUGAUUGGUUAUGGGAAAACACCUGACAAGCCUCCUACUGCUAUUCUUAACGAAAUAAAACCUAAUGACAAUGCUUCCACAAGAAAAAUUAUUAUUAAGGUUAAAGCUAAAAACCCAGGUUAUGGAUUCACUAGUAAAUCAGUUAUCUUAGGAGCAAUAACUAUAAUAAAAGAUCAAAUUAAUAUUCCAAAAGGAGGAGUUUUAACGCCAGCAGCUGCAUUUCGUAAUACUCAAUUUGUGAGUCGUUUAAUGGAUCAUGAUGCUGCUGUUUUUGAAAUUGAGUCAGACUUGGUUACCUACAGACAACACUCAAAAUUUAUUUAAAUUUAUUCUGUCAUGGUUCUCAUUAAUGGUGUUAAAAUUUACUUAUUUUCUUAUAUAUGAAUAUUUAUCUUUUAAGUAUUAAGUAACUAUUUUUUUAAAGAAGUUACUAUGAAUAAAAUUAGGCUUUAGUUAUGCUAUGUUARUGAUCAUAGUAUAUUUUAUAUUAUACAAAAACUGUUUAAAAGAUAACAUACAGUUAGUGCUCUAUUCAUGUAGGACUGUAUAAUUAUCAUAAUUGAUUGAUGUCUUGUUACAAAACUAUACAAACAAUAUACAAACUGCUUUACUAAUUGGUUAAAAUAUAUACACAUGUAAAAUUAAACUAUGUUUCCAUA